AUGGGCAAACCAGGAAACCUCAAGAGGUCCAGAGGGCAACCUGCCAACACUGCCGAAGACACCGACGUGGCUGUAACGCAGAAGGACCCAGAGCCCGUUGUCGGACGUCCGAAGAAGAAAGCUCGAGUCGAAGAAAGCAGAUCGCUUUUCAUACGAUCCCUACCGCCCUCUGCCACUACAGAAACGUUGACCGAAUUCUUUUCGCAACAUUUCCCCGUAAAACAUGCGACCGUCGUUGUGGACCCGCAGACCAAGGCCUCUCGAGGCUACGGCUUCGUAACUUUCACGGAUGCCGAGGACACGAAGGCAGCACAAGAACAACUAAAGGGGCACAAAAUUGGCGGCAGACCAGUAGUAUUGGAAAUAGCAGAGCCGCGGCAUCGCCAAACUGCCGCGUCGGCAGAUGCUGCUGCGAAGAAAGAAGAGAGACUCGCAACGUUGGCCGAGGCUCGCAAAGCCCCCAAGCUCAUUGUCAGGAACCUUCCGUGGAGUAUCAAACACUCAGACCAGUUGGCUGGCUUAUUUCAGAGCCAUGGCAAGAUCAAGUUUGCGGAUCUCCCGCAAGCCAAGGGCAAGCUUUCCGGCUUCGGCUUUGUCACCAUGCGCGGCAGGAAGAAUGCCCAGGCAGCUAUCGAUGCCAUAAACGGGAAGACAGUCGAUGGGAGGACUCUGGCUGUUGACUGGGCCGUCGACAAGCAGACAUGGGACAAGAAACAGCAACCAGCAGAAGAUGCGUCUCCAGCCAAGCCCAAGGAGAGCGAGACCCCAGAUGUCGGUGAAGCAUCGGAAGACGCAAACGAAGAUGAACCUCCGAGAGACGACGAUGAAGAUGACGAUUUGGACACCGAUGUGAAGAAUUUUAUGAAGAAUCACAUGCAGAACCUCGAGGACGAAGACAGUGAUGCGGAAAAUGAGGAUGAAUCUGAAGGGGAUGACGCAUCAGACACUGCCUCCGCACCCAAGAAGCCCCUCAUGACAAGUAACAACACGACACUGUUCAUUCGCAACCUUCCAUUCACGACGACAGAAGAAGCCCUCAAAUCGCAUUUCGAGCAAUUCGGUCAUGUACGAUAUGCCCGUAUAGUGGUCGACCGAGCCACCGACCGACCGGCUGGUACGGGAUUCGUCUGUUUCGCUAGCGACAGCGAUUCAAAAGCAUGCCUCAAAGGAGCGCCCCGGCCUCAGCAGACCGCCGUCACCAAGAAGAAGUCAAUACUACAAGACGAGAUGGCUGAUGCGUCAGGCAAGUACACCAUUGACGGCCGAAUAUUACAGGUGACGCAGGCUGUGAGCAAGGAUGAAGCCAACCAUCUUACGGAAACCGGUGCUGCUAGUCGGCAAAUCAAAGACAAGGAUAAGCGUCGGCUCUACCUCCUUGCUGAGGGUGUGAUCAAUGUGGAUUCGCCCAUGCAUAGGAUGCUUGCGCCCUCCGAGGUCAAGCUACGGGAUGACAGUCACGCGCAACGCAAAAAGCUCAUCCAAGGCAAUCCAAGCUUGCAUCUCAGUCUAACUCGUCUAGCGGUCCGCAACCUACCCCGAAACAUAGACUCGAAGAAGCUCAAGGCGCUGGCUCGUGAGGCUGUGGUGGGGUUUGCUUCAGAUGUGAAGGAAGGCCGCCGACAACCUCUUUCCAAGGAAGAGAACAACCGGGGCGGCGAAGAAGACAAGGAAGCCGAGCACCGACGCAAAGAGAAGGGCAAGGGUAUAGUGAAGCAGACGAAGAUUGUCUUUGAGAACAAGGAAGGCUCUAAAGUCUCAGAAGCCGACGGUGCUAGCAAGAGUCGAGGGUACGGGUUUGUUGAGUACUCGUCACAUCGAUGGGCCCUCAUGGGCUUGAGAUGGCUCAAUGGUCAUGCUCUGAAGAACGACGCUGGAAAGACACACCGCCUAAUUGUUGAGUUCGCCAUCGAGAACGCCCAGGUUGUCGCAAGGCGCAAGGAGUUCAUGGCCAAGAGUAGGGCUGGCAACUUCGCUAAUGCUGGCAACCCCAACGAAACCGAACUGAACCCGAAGAGGAAACAAUUCGGGAAUGCGCCCAAGAACAAGGACUUCUCCGUCUCCAAGGGGAAACGGCAGGCGCCAAAUGGCAAAGGGAAGGGGGAUAAGCCCGAGAAGGAAGAAGCCAAAGACCCCUCGGCGAAAAACGCAUUCCAGGACAGAGUCAUCGGUAGGAAGAGAAUGGUCAGAAAGAAGAAGGCUAUGGCUCGUGGUUAA